AUGGCUCCCUUUACUGGGAUGCUGGGGAUCUUGAUUUGGUUGAUCCAGAAGGCAUCCGAGUCUUUCGUUCUCCAGAUGAGCUUAUGUCUGAUAUUCCUCCAGACGGAGUUCCAUAUUUGCUGGGAUUUCGGGGACUUGGCGUUGGGUUCUCUGUCGUCGAAGUUCCUCGUACAGAGAGGCUACCAGGGUACGAUUCAUGUCCGUGUCCCUGCUGGACAUACAGACAUCGCCUUCAUCCUGAAAGAAGAGGCAGCGCUUGGUAACUUUCUCUGA